UCAGUUGGGUCCCUGUGUUUUACAAGACACCAGCCAGAUGGUACUAGCAAUGAUAGGUGGUCUGAGACUCCAGGCUGGCCCUGGUCUGUUGGGGAGGAGGGAGUGUGGGUAGAGGCUGAGAGACCUGUCAUGUAGGAGGGAUGAAUGUCACUGGGGGAGUUCUUCCCCCCCUUUCUGGAAGAAAUGGGAGGAAUCCUUGUGGACAUGCCCCACCUCUGGAUGUUAAGUGGCUCAGGGAUGUUGAAUAGGUCCAGGGUGGUAUAAGUGAGAUUUCUUACUGGGCACUGGGGGCUGGAACUGGCAAGUCAGGUGAAGAGGGUGGAGGAUACUUGAGAUACAGGAGAAACAGGUACUAUCAGAGAUCUAGACCUAAAAACUAUACUUCCUGCCUUCUGAGGAUCUGCUUGGGAUGCCAGCAGAAUCUGGGGGUCCUCUGGUAGGAUGGAUGGUAGCUCUGCUUUCCCAAAUUCAAUGCUAAUGAUCCAGUUUUGUUCCUUGGCUCUUUGUCGACUGUCUGGUGCCCUCCCUUAUUCCUGAGGCCAGCAACUCCUGCUCAGCUUCAGCAAGACUGGCUGUGAGUGGGGGGUGGAGGGCUCCUGCAACAAGCACUAACACGGCCCACUGCAUUCUGGGAGUCUCACUUCUCAGGCACAGACCUUGCCAACAUUCCACUGACCCCCGAGACCCAGCGGGACCAGGAGCGGAGGAUUCGCCGGGAGAUCGCCAACAGCAACGAGCGGAGGCGCAUGCAGAGCAUCAAUGCGGGCUUCCAGUCCCUCAAGACCCUCAUUCCCCACACAGACGGAGAGAAGCUCAGCAAGGCAGCCAUUCUCCAGCAGACAGCCGAGUACAUUUUCUCCUUGGAGCAGGAGAAGACCAGGCUCCUGCAGCAGAACACACAGCUCAAGCGUUUCAUCCAGGAGCUGAGCGGCUCAUCCCCCAAGCGGCGGCGGGCAGAAGACAAAGAUGAGGGCAUCGGUUCCCCCGACAUCUGGGAGGACGAGAAAGCCGAGGACCUGCGCAGGGAGAUGAUCGAACUGCGGCAGCAGCUGGACAAGGAGCGCUCCGUGCGCAUGAUGCUGGAGGAGCAGGUGCGCUCGCUGGAGGCCCACAUGUACCCGGAAAAGCUCAAGGUGAUUGCGCAACAGGUGCAGCUGCAGCAGCAGCAGGAGCAGGUGCGGCUGCUGCACCAGGAGAAGCUGGAGCGGGAACAGCAGCACCUGCGGACCCAGACGGUAGAAAGCGGAAGGCUGAGGACGUGCGUCUUGCAGCUCCUGCCCCCUCCGGCCCCCACCCACCACCCCACGGUGAUCGUGCCUGCGCCAGCCCCACCCCCACCCCACCAUGUCAACGUCGUCACCAUGGGGCCCUCCUCCGUCACCAACUCUGUUUCCACAUCCCGCCAGAAUCUGGACACCAUUGUGCAGGCGAUCCAGCACAUUGAGGGCACCCAGGACAAGCAGGAGCUGGAGGAGGAGCAGCGGCGAGCGGUCAUAAUCAAGCCGGUCCGCAGCUGCCCGGAGCCCCACACCUCCGACACUGCCUCUGACUCGGAGGCUUCAGACAGCGAGGCCAUGGACCAGGGCCGGGAGGAGCCGCUGGGGGACGGUGGGCUUCCCUGACCACCCCCCCCAGCCCUCCUCUCCCUUCUGGGGGCUGGAGGGGGCCGGGGGCAGCGCCAGGGAGACAUGUGGGUGAAUGAGUGAGAAAUUUUUACAAAAUUGACGAUGUCAUUUGGGUCUCUUUUAUGACCUCUUUUUCAAUACUGUAAAUCAACUUUUAAACAAAGCCACCCCAGCCCAGGUCCCGGGGCUGGGGUGACACAGUGUGGGAGCAUCGGGACCCCAGGGCUGGGUGUCAGCCAGGGGGGCUGGAGAAGCUGGGCGCUGAGGUGCCCGUCCUCUCUCUGCCAAAAAAAAGCUUUUUUUUUUUUUUUUUUUGUCAUUUAAACAUGUUUUUAAGAACAGGGAAAAUCAAACAAAACCCCAAGUAUUUCCUCCCGCCCCAGAGCCAGCCCCAGGACCGGCCGCCUCGACUCUUUCCCUCCUCUGUUUGGUUUUCUUCUUUCUUCUUAAGCACUUAUGUGGGUUGGGGUCAGGCGGGGUCAGGGCUUUCUGGGGUCUGGGGGUCUUCUUGCUUCUCGGUUGGGGUUUGCUGCUGCCAUUCUCCCCCUCCCCAUCUCAGCACCGGGACUCGCCACUCUCCUCCCCCCACCUCUCCCUCCAGGGUUCCCAUCUUUGACCCCAAAAAUGUCUUUGUCUUUCUCUCUCUCUUUCUCUUGUUUGUUUGUUGUUGGUUUUAUUUUAGUUUUGGUUUCUGUUUUUUUUUAUAUAUAAUUUUGAACUCUGUGUCCAAGGAGAAGCUAUUAUAUUUUGUUAACUGGGUGGGGGGGUGGAAAUCCAAGAGGCCACGGUGCCUUUGUAA